AGCUCAGAGAUGGCCCUCACUCAGGUGUCUUCUGUAAAAUGUGCUGAUGGCUUCCAGAAGGUUUUCGAGCACGACAGCACCGAGCUGAAGUGUAAGAUGAAGUUUGCCGUCUUUCUACCUCCCAAGGCUGAGACGGACAAAUGUCCGGUCCUGUACUGGCUCUCCGGUCUGACGUGCACGGAGCAAAACUUCAUCACUAAAGCUGGCAGUCAGCUUGCUGCUGCAGAGCACGGCCUCAUCGUCGUGGCUCCAGACACCAGUCCACGUGGCUGCAACAUUGAGGGUGAAGAUGAGAGCUGGGACUUUGGUACCGGAGCAGGUUUCUAUGUUGACGCCACGCAGGACCCCUGGAAAAGCAACUACCGCAUGUACUCGUACAUCACUGAGGAGCUCCCUAAACUAGUCAACGCCAACUUCCCCACCGACCCGGACAAAAUGUCCAUCUGUGGACACUCCAUGGGCGGACACGGGGCACUCAUCUGUGCCCUGAAGAAUCCUGGGAAAUACAAGGCCGUGUCUGCGUUCGCCCCCAUCUGUAACCCCACCCAGUGUCCGUGGGGUCAGAAAGCCUUCACCGGGUACCUGGGCCCUGACAAGUCCACAUGGGAGGCGUACGAUGCCACCGUGUUGGCAGCUUCUUACUCGGGCCCUCCGCUCGACAUCCUCAUCGAUCAGGGCUGUGACGAUCAGUUCCUGUCGGCAGGGCAGCUGCUGCCCGACAACCUGAUAAGCGCCUGCUCCAAAAACAAAAUCCCUGUCGUCCUUAGACUGAAGCCGGGCUACGACCACAGCUACUUCUUCAUCUACUCCUUUCUGAGCGAGCACCUGAAACACCACGCCAAGUACCUGAACGCCUGAGCUGCUGCUCUCCUGACGUUUCAUCUACUUCAUGCUGGACGGAGAACAAACCGUCAGAAACUGAAUCAGUGAAAUCACUAAGGUUCAGUAUGAAGAGCAGAAAAACAGGCAGCACUUCUCAUUAGAAUCUAUUUCUGAACAAGUUAUUCUAAAGUUUUGCUGAAGCAGAGAGCCGUCAGUGAAGAAAGUUGAUGUUUGAGAAUAAAAAC